AUGACCGGCCAGAGCCUGUGGGACGCGUCGGAGACCAACGUCGAGGAUGUAGAGAUCCGCAUCAAUGUGGGCGGCUUCAAAAGGAGGCUGCGCUCGCACACGCUGCUGCGCUUCCCUGAGACGCGCCUGGGCCGCCUGCUGCUCUGCCACUCGCGCGAGGCCAUUCUGGAGCUCUGCGAUGACUACGACGAUGUCCAGCGUGAGUUCUACUUCGACCGCAACCCCGAGCUUUUCCCUUACGUGCUGCAUUUCUACCACACGGGCAAGCUUCAUGUCAUGGCCGAGCUGUGCGUCUUCUCCUUCAGCCAGGAGAUUGAGUACUGGGGCAUCAACGAGUUCUUUAUCGACUCCUGCUGCAGCUACAGCUACCACGGCCGCAAAGUGGAGCCCGAGCAGGAGAAGUGGGAUGAGCAGAGCGACCAGGAGAGCACCACAUCCUCUUUUGAUGAAAUCCUGGCUUUCUACAAUGACGCCUCCAAGUUUGAUGGGCAGCCCCUGGGCAACUUUCGCAGGCAGCUGUGGCUGGCAUUGGACAACCCCGGCUAUUCGGUCCUGAGCAGGGUCUUCAGCGUCCUGUCCAUCCUGGUUGUGUUGGGGUCCAUCAUCACCAUGUGCCUCAAUAGCCUGCCGGACUUGCAGAUCCCUGACAGCCAGGGCAACCCUGGUGAGGACCCCAGGUUUGAAAUCGUGGAGCACUUUGGCAUUGCAUGGUUUACAUUUGAGCUGGUGGCCAGGUUUGCUGUGGCCCCUGACUUCCUCAAGUUCUUUAAGAAUGCUCUAAACCUUAUUGACCUCAUGUCCAUUGUCCCCUUUUACAUCACUCUGGUGGUGAACCUGGUGGUGGAGAGCACACCUACCUUGGCCAACUUGGGCAGGGUGGCCCAGGUCCUGAGGCUGAUGCGAAUUUUCCGUAUCUUGAAGCUGGCCAGACAUUCCACUGGCCUCCGUUCUCUGGGGGCCACCUUGAAGUACAGUUACAAAGAAGUAGGGCUGCUCUUGCUUUACCUCUCCGUGGGGAUUUCCAUCUUCUCUGUGGUGGCCUACACCAUUGAAAAAGAGGAGAAUGAGGACCUGGCCACCAUUCCCGCCUGUUGGUGGUGGGCCACCGUCAGUAUGACCACUGUGGGAUAUGGAGAUGUGGUCCCAGGGACCACAGCAGGGAAGCUGACCGCCUCUGCCUGCAUCUUGGCAGGUAUCCUAGUGGUAGUGCUGCCCAUCACCUUGAUCUUCAAUAAGUUCUCCCACUUUUACAGGCGCCAGAAGCAACUUGAGAGUGCCAUGCGUAGCUGUGACUUUGGGGAUGGAAUGAAGGAGGUCCCGUCAAUCAAUUUAAGGGACUACUAUGCCCAUAAAGUAAAAUCCCUCAUGGCAAGCCUGACGAACAUGAGCAGGAGCUCACCAAGUGAACUAAGUUUGAGUGAUUCCUUACAUUAGCUGGGAGGACUUGAUAUCAUCAACCCCACAUUGCUGAGCUGCCUCUUGUGCCUCCGGCACAGUCCAGGCACCUUACAGUUGUGACGUAAGGAGUAUGCCCAAGCCCAAAGGGGAGAGAUGCAUGGGAUAUGCACCC